AUGCACAUUCUCAGCGAGGUUGAGUUUCGAUUCGCGUCCAGCUUGAUUGGCCUGGGUCAGGGUCAUUUGUUCGGUCAUUGGCCAGCACCUGGGUUCCAAGACGACGACAAACAUCGCUUUCUGAACCAAGCCAUGCAUCUCAAUGAAGAUUACCCUGGUGGCCUUCGAGAAUACAUCAUGAAUGCCCGACAGCUGCUCUUGAAGUCUAAACAUGGCAUAUCCAGCAAUGCAGAAUUUGUACCAGAAAUCGCCGACGGAUUUUCUGUAGAACCAAGAUCUACUGAGAUCCUGGACUUUGAGAGAGAAGGAUAUGCAAAUAUGCAUCAGUGUGCCUUCGUGUUGGUGGCUGGUGGGUUGGGAGAACGACUGGGUUACAGUGGCAUAAAGGUUGCACUGCCUGCUGAAAUCACAACUGGAAGAUGCUUUCUUCAGUAUUACAUCGACAACGUGCUGGCUUUACAAAGCAUUUGCGACAUGUCUCCUGGUCAGAAGCUUCCCUUCAUCAUCAUGACGUCACAUGAAACUCAUCAGAAGACCUUGGAUCUUUUGGUAAGAAAUAAUUACUUCGGAGCAGACAGGAGUCAAUUCAUACUUGUGAAGCAAGGCGAGGUGCCUGCGAUCGUGGAUACCGGAGGCCAUCUAGCACUCAACUCGGAUGAUAAUUACCAGUUGAUGACAAAGCCGCAUGGACAUGGCGAUGUACACCGGCUCUUGUAUACCACAGGAGUAGCUAAGAACCUGGUUGAUGCGGGGUAUAAGUGGAUCUACUUCUUCCAGGAUACGAACGUCUUGGCCUUCAAGCCUCUUCCCGCAUGUCUUGGUAUUUCUGCUAAGCACAAUCUAGACGUCAAUACCAUGGCUGUACCAAGGAAAGCUGGGGAUGCAUGCGGUGCGAUCAUGAAAUUGCGUCGACCAGAUGGAACAAGCUUGAUUAACAAUGUAGAGUACAAUGAAGUUCAAGACCUGCUGGGUGAUAAGAUGGACUACGAUCCAAAACUGGGGGAAUCUCCCUAUCCUGGCAAUACGAACCAAAUCAUUUUCAAGCUUUCAAGCUACCUUCAGGCUCUGGUUGAAUCGAAUGGGAAAGUUCCUGAAUUCGUUAAUCCAAAGUACGAGAACAGUGACAAGACAAGUUUUCAGACUCCGACAAGGCUAGAGUGUAUGAUGCAAGAUUUCCCCAAGGUAUUCCCGGAGAAAAUGAAACCAGAGAUAAGUUUUGUGAAGAUGAAGCGCUGGUUUUCGUAUUCACCGGUCAAAAAUUCUGUCGCCAAGGGGGUGAGCCUGGCAAGUGUAAACCUGCCCCCCAUGACAGCUUCUACGGGCGAGGCCGAUGUUUAUAUUUGCAACCGAGAGCUCUUACGAAUCGCUGGAGUGGAGGUACAAGACGCCGCUGUGACGGUCUUCAACGGAAUACCGAUAGUUGCAGGUCCCAGAGUCAUCUUGGCACCGUCGUUCGCCGUUGGGGUUGGUGAUGUCAUCCAUAAAGUCAAGGGUGGGCGGAUCUCCUCCAAGUCUACUUUGAUCGUAUCCGGCCCUGACGUGUUCAUCGAGGAUUUGGAUUUGGAUGGAACACUGAUCGUGAAAGCCGUUCCAGGAGCCCGAGUGAAGCUCACGGGGCUGACGGUCAAGAACAAGGGGUGGGCUUUAGAGCAGCUCAAGAGCGGCGGCUCGCGGGUGCCUCCAGAGGAGCUGCGAGUGCGAGGGUAUCAGCUACGGAAGUACGAGCAACGAGUAUUGGAGUUCACGGAGGCCGGAGAUUACGAGGUCAGAACUUGA